AUGACAGCUGGAACCGAUCUUGUGAUCCUCGGGGCGACACCCGCAGGCAUUACGACAGCAAUCGCAGCAGCUCGUCUCUCGAAAAGCAGUGUCUUGAUAGAGCGGACGCCGUUUAUCGGCGGUUUACCAGCAAAUGGUUUAGGUGCAACAGAUAUUGCUACGCGCGGCGCUACGGGAGGGCUCUUUCUGGAAUUUGUGGAUCGAAUAAAAGCCCACUAUAUCGAAGUGUAUGGGCUCGACUCGGAUCAAGUCCGCGACUGCGAUGAAGGCUAUCACUUUGAGCCGUCCGUAGCAGAGCAUGUGUUCCACCAAUGGCUUCUGGAGUACCCGCAGAUCCAAGUCCUGACCUGCCGUCAAUUUGAUUUCGAACCCGAAAAUGUAACGCACGAUGCGAACGAGGUCAAAUCAAUUGAGGUCACAAAUCUGAGCACAGGAAAACCGGAGACAAUUCGCGGCCGCUUCUUUGUGGAUGCCACAUACGAGGGAGAUCUCAUCGCCGCAUGUGGGGUGCCAUUCUACGUCGGUCGCGAAGGAGCAGACGUUCACGGUGAAAUUGGAGCGGGGAGAGUUUACAAACUGUGGUAUGGGCCAGAAUUCGCCUGUAGCACUCACGCCGGCGAUAACGCAGUGCAGGCCUACAACUACCGAUUAUGCCUCACCAAAAACCCGAGAAAUCGAGCUGAAAUACAACGGCCAGAGAACUACAGCCGAAGGGAGUUUGCUUCGUUGAUCUACGAUGUCCAGACUGGCCUACAUGCUGGAGUGGACGUUCUGGACAUAUCCGCGGAGCAGGCUGCCCAAAAUAUCAAGCGAGCUGCGCAGAAUUUGCCACCAAUUCCAUAUAAAUUGGAAGGCAUUCAGCGACUUCUUAGCAAUGUCACUUUACCAAACGACAAGGUCGACGGCAACAACCAACACUUUGCGUUGAUAUCAACCGACCUCCCCGAGGAAAAUUGGCCAUAUUCAACAUCUGGCUGGGCCUGGCGAGAUGCAUUUGCAAAGCGGUUGAGAGAAUACACAGAGGGCCUUUUGUACUUUGCACAGCAUGAUGAAGAGCUGCCAGCUUAUUUCCGAGAAGAUUGUCUACAAUGGGGCUGGGCGGCAGAUGAGUACCCUGAGAACGGACACUUCCCGCGCCAACUGUACGUCCGAGAGGGUCGAAGAAUGCAGGGAAAGUAUCUUUUCACGGCAAACGAUUCGCUAGCUAAGCGCCAAGAAGACUGCAAUGGCAGGCCAAAGACAGAUCCCACAGCGAAAGGUGUUGACAUUAUUCAAAGCCCCCCAGACCACAAUACCAGCAUAACCGCGAGCCACUACGCCUUGGACUCUCACCCUGUGCGGAAGCGUGAGCCAGGUCGUGUUCAUCUGGACGGCAUGUUCAGCUAUCCUUGUUCCCCAUACACUGUUCCUUAUGGCGUGAUGGUGCCCAACACCCCUGUCAGCAAUCUUCUUGCACCCGUGCCAGUAUCUGCUACACAUGUUGGAUUCUCCACAUUACGCAUGGAGCCGUGCUGGAUGGCUCUCGGGCAAGCAGCCGGCAUAGCUGCAGCUUUGUGCUUGGACAAGAAUGUCUCUGCGGAGAAUGUCGACAUUGAGAAGCUUCAAUGUGAACUGUUGGACCAAGGAGCUGUACUUAUUUACGAUCCCUGUCUAUGGGAAGAGGGCGUUGGGGCGAAGGAAAGGAGCGCUUUGCAAUGGGAGUGGCUGAGGGCGAGCCGGUUGAACGGAUCCGAGAAACAGUGA